GUGGAUAGAGGGCCAGAACCCGGACCUUGAAGCAGGAGAACAGGGACAGUUUUGGGUGACAUGGCUGAGCACCAAGCAUGAGGAAGAAGCAGCAUCGUUGAUAUGUAUCCACUGUGUGUGAAACUUCCUGCUGAUCCAUGGACACACCAGACUGAGGUCCAUCUAGCAUCGAACAAUGGAUUGACUGGAUCGACUGAUUAAACAUGGACAUCUUUUCUCUGUUAGUGCUCCUACUUUCAUGCAGGAUUCAAGUUGGGGCUGAGAUGAAGCUGUCGCCCGAAACACUUACCGUCCUGCGAGGAGAGGAGACCAGGCUUACCUGCAGUACCUCCAACCCCCAGUGGACCGUCAUGGUGUGGCUGCUGAACGGUAUGGUGGUUCUCACCAUCUCCAAAGAAAAUGGUGUCCUGCCCUUAAUCAACCCUAAUGUGACAGCCGAGAAAAGCCCUAUCUCACAGGGAGACAGCUGGGUGUUUGUCCUGAAGAACACAGAGAGGCACAACCAGGGACAAGUGACCUGUGACCUCCAGGGCAUUGAUAGGAAAACAACAAGCCUGUUUGUACAAGAAAAGGGCAGCGUGAAAGUCUUGGGGAACGACAUGUUGGCUUUUAAAGGGCAGUCAAUCCUGUUUGAAUGCCAAGCAGCAGGAUGGUUCCCUCAACCCACUUUGCAAUGGCAGGUGAAUGACAAAAAGGUGAGCCAGGGUGCAUACAACAUCAGUAGUGAAUCAGGGAAGAGUCUCUUCACUGUGACCAGCAACCUCAGUGUGACGGCAGCAAAGAGCUCUCAUGUGGAUUGUCUGGCCUCUGUCUCUGCCCUCCCCACACCACUGAAGAGCAGCGUCCGUCUGACAGUGGUUGCAGAGGUGCUGCAGGAAGGAAAUGACUGCACAGUCCCUCUGGCGUUAACGACCGCCCUCUCUGCUCUUCUGCUGCUCCUCCUGCUCUGCAUCUGCACUGUCCUCUGGUACCGACAAAGGAGACAAGCAAAACCGAGCCCACAGGAGGCAAUAUGGUUCGACCAAUCAGUGAGGGGGAGAAUCUCGGUUGCUGGGGCGACAGGGGGGAAGGUCAACCUGGGAUACUCCAGUGAGGGCCCCACAGAUGCAGUUCACAAUGAGCUGGUCAUGGAAACUCAUAGCCAGAUGGACUUUGUCAGCUUUCACAAGAUGCCUCAGGUCCCCGACGUUGUGUCCUCCAGGAGCCUGUCUCUGCAAAGUGACAACCAAGCCCAGGUGUGUCUAUCAGAGGAAAACACCAAGAAUGUCAGGAGAAUUACCACAGUUUAAAUAUUUAACAUAACAAAUUAUGGAAAAAUGUUAAUGAUGUAUACUGUUGUACAGUAUUUAAAGGUGGGCCACUGACCAGUGUUUGUAUGGUAUAUUGUUUUGCAUUUUUGUUCAUUCUUGUAAAGCUAGAAGCUAAUGUUAUGGGACCUUGAGCUACAUUUAUACCUUUCACAUUCAAUGUAUCCUUAAAAAGUU